AUUUAUAUACUUCUAAGAUUGAACCAGUUUGCACAAAAUUCUGAGUCCGCCACUGACCGUAACCAAGACAUCGGAAGAGAGGGUCGAAAGCUUGCUAGCUUUCUAGGCAUUAUCGCAAGAACUCCAGAUCUAACACCUCUACAUAUAGAUAAUUGGAGAAGUUUUGAUAUAGAAGAAAAGAAGAAAUUGCUAGAGUUUGUAAGGAGGCGUACCCAGGCAAAUAGAAAUAAUAGGGCCAAACAAAAUAUGCCUCACAUAGGAGGAUCCAAAAGUAUUGCCACCUUAAUGGAUGAACAGGCCAAGAAUGGUAUAGAGCCUACACGAACAGAAACUCUUAUACUGACACACAAAAAAGUAAGGAUGGUAGACUAUUGGAUGAGGAGUCUUGCAAAGGCCGUUGACAUGAUGAACGAAAGGUUGAGGGAUACUGACGAAUCAAAUGACCAGCCUCCCUGCAGUGUUGCUUGGGAAGGAGAUGUGUAUUCUCAAGUGUUGGGAAAUGAUAAAAGUGGGUAUGUUCGUGGUUUAGGACUUGGUCCAACUCCUUCUGUGCUGUGGGGUAGUAGAUCUUCCUUAGAAAAUAUUGUUAUAGAGGAUUCGUCUGAUGAAGUUGUACAAAAACUAAAGCACGAGAUAAUAGAGUUAAAAGAGUUAAAUGAAAAACAAAAUGAGAAAUGAGUUUUAUGAGGCAAGAACUAUCAUGGAUGCGGCAAGUCAUGAGAAAAAUUGCUCCAAAUGAGAUACAUAUGCCUCAGAAUAUCAAUGGAGUCUCAACUGGACAGGUCGUUGAUACCAACCGUGGCCAUGAGCGAAUACCACAAUCACCCAAUAUGCAUAAUGUAGCUGGAAAUACUCCGUCGUCUCAUGGUUAAACAGUAUAAUGUGAAAGAUUUCAGUACGAGGAAGAGUUGCAGAAUUGUUUGAGGGCUUCUACUCUUUUGUUAUUAUGAAUAUUAUAUAGAAUUAGUGAUAAUAACAUUGGUUAUUUUGUUUGAACAAUAUAAUUUUAUCUUACAUGUCGUUCAUACAUUAGU